GUGCAAUUUAUUCAAAACAAAACAUUUUCUGCUCUUUCCUCAUCUUCUAUGCUCGUUUUUCCGGGAAAAUUAGGAACAAAUUAAGCUAAAUUAACAACCCUAGAUACAAAACUCCUGUUCUCGUUGGCCUUGAAUCCCAUGGGUCCCUAGGGUUUCCUUACUGGAUCCAAAUCCCUCAUUAGUAGUAAGGUAAAGGAAAUGGAUUCUGUGGAGAAUGGUUUAUCGUCUCAUGAAACAGUAGAGCAGGAUGUUACCUUGCCUCUGCCAGAUGCUUUCCUUGACUUUCUUGAAGAAAAUGGAUUGGAUCCAUCAAUAUACUCCAUGGCCAACUCCACCCCGCGCUAUAUAAGGCUAAAACCAGGUUGUGAGGAUGAACUUACUGAGAUAGAAGCUGAGUUGAAGUGUGAACUCAAAAAGGUUGUUUGGCUACCAGGUUUCUUUGCCAUUCCACCACAUAUUCAAAUUGCUGGCUCAAAGUCAUAUCAGCUUGGAAAGAUCUACGGGAUGGAUGCCGCUUCUGGGGCUGCUGUCUUAGCUUUAAAUGUGUUAUCAGGGGAUCAUGUUCUUGAUCUUUGUGCUGCUCCUGGAGCUAAGCUUUGCAUGCUUUGUGAUGUACUUGGUGAUUCUGGAUCUCUAACUGGUGUUGAUUUCUCAAGGCACCGCCUAGCAGCCUGUCGCACAAUGUUACAAAAAUAUUCUCUGGGCAAUCGUUGCCGGCUAUUUGUUGCAGAUGGAACGUCAUUUUCCAUCUUACCUGUUCGGGCUAGCUUUGGCAUCAAUCCAUGUGGAGCCAAUAGUGAACGUAGUACUGAUAGGCUCUUAGAGUGGACUUCUAAGAGGACGUGGAAAGAUCGAAGGAGAGCUAGCAAAGCAAGAAAUGGCACUGAUUUAGUAACUUCAGAUCCUGAGUUGAUAUUUUAUGGCAGGCAUUCUGGGGUGGUUGGAUUGUGUAGAAAUCAGUUAUUUCGUCGUGUAGACGAUAAUGAACCUUCAACAUCUGGUUAUGAUAAGGUUCUGGUGGACGCCGAGUGUACACAUGAUGGAUCCAUCAAACACAUUCAGAAGUAUGAGUUCUGGGGUUGGAAAACCCUACAACGUCGAGUACUUGACGCGGAAAGAACAGACAACUUGCUGAAUCUUCAGUUGCAGCUUCUGACAAAUGGUUUUAGAUUGUUGAGAGUUGGUGGGUCGCUGGUGUACAGCACUUGCAGUCUAACAGUUGCUCAGAACGAGGGUGUUGUUGAGCAGUUCCUCUCGAGAAAUCCUUCAGCUGAGCUGCAACAGAUUGAUAUUGCUGAUGGCUGGCCCUGCAGAUCUGGGAGAAUCCCAAAGACCUUGCGGUUUGAUCCUACAACAUCUCAAACUAGUGGACUUUUUAUUGCAAAGAUCUUUAAAUUAGCAACAUAGUCAAGAGUCAACUCAUCUACCAGGUGGGGUUUAUUUAAUUCGUUGGGUUCCUCAAAACUAGGAUUUCUCUACUUCCCGUGCCAAUGCAACUGCUUUGAUGCGUGCGGAUCCAUUAGACAAUUGCUGUGUUACUGAUCCCUUGACGAGAGCUUUAUUCUUAACGUGUGGAUUCUCGAUGCAUAGGACCAUGAACUAUGCUUCUGGCAUCUAGUGGAGCCACUUUUGAUAUGAUAUGGAGGGGGAUCUCUGAGAACUUGUUUUUUCCUGAUUAUUUUUUGAUUUAGAUUUUUCUCUUGUUUUUUCUUCUUUUUUUUUUUGCGGUGGGGGGGUUGUUGAAUUCUCAUUUCAAGUUUGAAUAUGGCAGAUGAAUGGGUUUGUCAUGCUUUUCUCAUUAGGUAGGUGUGAAGGGUUCAAAAGGCAGAAACUUACUUUGGCUUUGGGAUUGGCUUUAUUCGUCAUUACUAUGUCGCACUGCUGUGUCACCAGAAACUUAAUGAGCGAGCAACCGUCUUGUAACAUGGAUUCGCCAUUACAGUUUUUGUGGCAUGUAAUAGAUUAUUUAAUUAAUUAUCAAUACAAUAGGAUAUACUUUGCUUUAUUCA